UACAUACCACGAAUUCAUCAGGUUGCAAAUUAAUCAUCUUUCUCAUUACCUGGAGAAGAAGUUAUGUGUUGAUAUUUAUAAUCCUUUACCUAACGAAUUAGACAGAAUAAAAAAAGGGUGUUGAAAAUUUGGCACCAAAAAAAGAAAAGAAAUUUUUUUUUAAAAAGUUGAUGGUGACCAAAUAUAAGACAGCAAUAUCAAUAAUUCAAUAUAUAUGGAAGGUUGUAUAGACUAACAAGCCUGCCUAUGAGUUAGCAUCUUAAUCUACUUCUCCCAUAUUAAUUGAUACUCAAUCUAGAGGGCUUGCUGUCGCAACCGGAGCCAUGGAUGACUCUUUUGCCGGCGACAAGGAGGCAGCCAAGCUUGAGUCCGCCUCAUCUAGGCGUUACCAAGGCGGCUGGAUCACUUUCCCUUUCAUGAUUGGUCUUUUUCAUUAAUUUUUUCCACUAUACAUACAUAUUUUCGAAUCUAUGAUUCCUAAUUAAAGAUACAUGAGAUUGUCUGUUUCACUUCAUGUUGUGUAUUAGUUUAAUAACUUCAGAGUCACACAGUAUCGUACUUGUAUAUAAAACGCAACUGAUUACAAUAAGUGAUACAGAUGAUCUGUUGUUAUUUUGAGACUAAAUUAAUGUCGGUGUAAUUUUUAUGCAUGCAGUUACAAUGGCAAGUUUAACGCUAGCAGCGUCGGGAUGGAUGAGCAACCUUGUGGUCUAUCUAAUAGAGAAGUUCAACAUGAGCAAUGUUGAUGCCGCUCAGGUUAUGAAUGUGGUCAACGGCUCCACCAACUUGAUUCCGGUGGUCGGUGCGAUUCUUGCCGACUCAUUUCUCGGCUGCUACACCGUCAUCUGGAUUUCAUCUUCCAUCUCCUUGCUGGGAAUUACUUUGUUGAUCCUCACAGUAACAAUUGAUUCGAUGAGACCUCAACCCUGCAAUAUUCUUGCUCCAAAUCCGAUUUGUUCAAGCCCCUCUAAACUCCAAUAUGUAGCCUUAUAUACGGCUUUUACCCUAGCAACCACCGGCGCCGGAGGAACCCGAUUUACAAACGGCACAAUGGGAGCUGACCAAUUCAGUAACCCUAAAGAUCAAACCACUUAUUUCAACUGGUAUUUCUUCACCUUGUACACUGCCUCUGUGAUUGGCGCCACAGCUGUUGUCUAUGUUGAAGAUAGCGUGAGUUGGGCUGUGGGUUUUGGGAUAUGCGUUGCGGCUAAUGCUAUUGGGCUGUUAGUCUUCUUGCUGGGAAGUACAUUUUACAGAUAUGUGAAGCCCAAAAGCAGCCCGUUUACUGCCCUUGCCCGGGUUCUUGUGGCGAGUAUUAGGAAAAGGCAUAUUCGGCCCUCUCCAGAUUCAGAGGAUUAUUAUAAUGGGCCCAACGGAAAUUCCAAGACAAGGACAACACUUGGAACACCCACGGAGAGCUUCAGGUUUUUGAAUAGAGCAGCUUGGAAGACAGAAGGGGACUUAAAUCCAAAUGGUUCCAUUGCAAAAAUGUGGAAAAUAUGCACUGUUGAAGAAGUAGAAGACCUAAAAUCUUUGAUCAGAAUUUUCCCAUUAUGGUCAAGUAGCAUAUUUUUGGGAACACCAAUUGGUAUACAAGCAAGCUUAACCAUUCUUCAAACCCUAGUCGUGGACCGUCACUUAGGACCACAUUUCCAAUUCCCCGUCGGAUCAAUCCUAGUGAUUUCCCUCAUUUCCACCUCAAUUUUCAUAUUCCUUUAUGAUACAAUUUUAUUAACAUCAUGGAAGAAAAUUUUUGGUAAAAUCCCUACACCAUUUCAAAGAAUUGGAAUUGGGCACUUGUUUAAUGUCUUAGGCAUGGUGAUUUCAGCUUUGGUUGAAACCAAGAGACUCAAAAUGGCACAAUCGGCCCACCAUCAAAACAUUUCAGUGUUAUGGUUGAUGCCACAAUUGAUGCUUGUCGGAAUCGGGGAAGCGUUUCAUUUUCCGGGGCAAGUUGCUUUGUAUUAUCAAGAAUUUCCGGCAUCACUCAAAGGCAUUUCCACGGCAAUGAUAUCUUUGUUGAUUGGAAUUGCUUUUUAUUUAAGUACCGCCAUCAUACACUUUGUUCGGAAGGUCAGCGGAUGGUUGCCGGACGAUAUAAAUGAAGGGAAGCUUGAUAAUUUUUAUUGGAGCCUUGCUGUAAUUGGGGUUGUUAAUUUUGGGUAUUUUUCUUUUUGUGCGUGGUUGUAUAGAUAUCGAAGAAUUGAUGAACAAGUAUCGGAGGAUGAUACUAAAUAAUGUAUAUUCACCGUUUUGUUUUUUUUUUAAAUCGCAUUAGGGCUUUGUUUUUGUUUGCUUUUAUUGUCAUUUCCCUAUCCCAUUGAAAUAGUUUUCUCUCGUUUCUCUUUUUUAAUCUUCUACUCUAAUAUAGCUCUCAUCCAAG